AUGCUACGGAACGUUUAUCAGAAUUGUUUGCCCUUUGGCAUAAUCUUUAUUUUCUUCCAGUUUGGAUUUGCCCGUGGUUCAGAUAUUCCUGAUGAAAUUGUCCCGGUAAAUGACGGUGAUACAGCCACGCUGCGGUGCAGGAUCAGUACCAACAGGCCAGAAGACUUCGAUAGGCUAUCAUGGACAAAAGAUGAUCUUCCAGAGAAGAUUGCCCGUAUCCAGGAAUGUAAAGACAUUCAAAUAUCGAACUCCUCGUGCAACAUCUUCGUUUCUACACCGGGAAAGUACUCCGUGGCAGGCGAUCUUGCGUCUGGUAGCAUUUUAAGAGUGAUGCAUGUGACGAUAGAUGAUGACGGGAUUUACACGUGUAAAGCAAUCAUCUUAGGAGGGAGCCCGUCCAAGCGCAUUAGGCUAGCAGUAUUGAGACCGCCAACUGAUAUAACUCUUCUAGAUAUCGACAAGCAGCUUGCACUGACUGAAAGGGAUGUGAUGCACGUUGUACGUAAUCGCGCGAACAGAAUCAAUUGCACGGUUCCCUCAUCCAAUCCCGAGGCGAAUAUCAACUGGUCUUAUGGUGACGUCAAUGUCAACGUACACGAACAGACCAAUCGGAGCGUAGGAUCAGACGUCCCGUUUAUGACGUCAACCAGAGCACUUGAUAUUUUCCCGACUGCAGCCGUUACUGGUACCAUGAUAACCUGCGUAGUAACGCAUUACGGACUAUUGAAAGCGCUUCAGAAGAAUUUCAUUCUCAAUGUUGGAAGUAUCAAGGCUAUCUACAAUCCCCGAGACAGGAGUGUUGACAUAACUCGGCCACACCGUGGACUCGACCCACUUCCCAUAGGUAUCUGUUUUCAACUCGUCCAAACAUCGUCUUCAAACUCUGCCGACCCUGCUCUGGAAGAAAGCGAAUGUGUGGGCGUUAAUGAGAGCGUACCCAUUCCACCUGGGUGGACUGUGAACAAAUUGGCCAUUGUCACUUACGGCAACACUGCAUUGAGUGCCCCAUCGGAGAUACUCGGUAUCUCAAAAGCGAGGACCGGUCUCAUUGUUGGUCUCACCUUAGGGAUACUGGUUUUCAUAGCUGCUAUUUUCAUUCUUUAUAAAAUGAAGAAGCGGCACAGUGGGAUGCAAAAGGCCCGAGUAAUGAGACAGCUACCAGCACAACCCAAACCGGCGAAAGAUGAAGGAGAGACAAACACUUCACCGGAGUACCACUAUGUGGAUGAUAGUCUCCAGGACAAGUACACAACGGACGACCUGUACGGAACAACAAAACAUUUAUACCAAGAGGGCGCCCUGCAGGCUGCACCAGAUACAGCCGAAGACAGCAGUGGCUACAGCAUGAAGAUCGCUAAAACAAAGGCGGGGAUUACGAUGUAUAAAUGCCUUUAGGAUGGCUCACCACAGGGAUAGCAGGAGGGUUUUUUUACAGGAAUUAGUGGCGUGAAGAAAAAUGUGAUGUCAUUUUUGUUUCAAAUAAUUUAUAAGGAUCGUAAAGCUGUCAUUAGGUAUAACUACCCAAUUCUCCAUUUUGUUCUCUUCUUUCUUCUUCCACCCACUGUCCCCAUUUCUUUGACUUCUCAUCCCUUUGUCACUACUUGAAAGGCGACUAGGCGGCCUCCCUGCCUUCCAUCCUUGAAGCCGUCCCUGUUUCAAUCCAGCAAGCACAGAUGAACAAAAGUUUGAGAAACUAUUGGGGGUUUUCUCUAAAAAGAUCAUCACCCUUAGAUAUUUUCAGUCAGCUUAAUUGUAUAUUUUACUUGUAUAUUAAUAGUGGAAAUGCACUUCUUUGAUUGAUGUAAAUUGAUUUAUAGUACUAAGAUCAAAGUGGAAAAUCAAAUAGACCGAAAAGCUUUUAAAUGAAGUGUAUAUAUAGAGCCGUACAGGAGAGCAGUGGUGUUCAGCAGGAAACAUUUACUUUCAACCGUUGAAUUCGUGGUUUUUAAGAAUGCUUUAAGGCCACCGUACACCUUACGAUUGGUCCACGAUCAGACUUUGGAACAAAUCGCAUUUUGCUCAUUCUCUGAAAAUGUAAAUGAAAAGCAUUUUUUUAAUGUUCAAAUUAACUGAAAGAAUAUAAAUAAACAAUUUUGGGUGAUUGCAAACCUUUCUUUCGGGGUAAAUGACAAGUUAGUUUCAAAUCGUAUAGCCCAUUGUACGAUUGAUAUGACGUUAUUACGACUAGAUAUUAUAUUCGCUUUUAUUCUAAUACGGAUGAUGGCAUAGUCACAGAUUUGAAAGGGUAUUCGUAUGAUGACAAUAAGAUAUUCCAUAUCACAAUGUUAGCAUUAGAUUUUAUUACGUUUUAUUCCAAAAUCGGGUUGCAGACCGAUCGUAGUGUGUUUAUGAAUUGAAAUUGCUUAAUUUUUUUUUUCAAGUAGGAGUUUAUUCCAGUAUAAGGCAAAUAAAAGAAAAUCUUAAAGUGUUAAAAUAUUUUCAUUGAUUAAGGUGUAAAAAAAUGUUUUCAACCAUCAUAUUACAGUGGAAAAUGCUAUUUAAUAGAGCAUUUUCGUAAUAUCAUUCUGAUUACGUUGUAUUUGACGUAGCUUGCUGUAUAAGAAUCCACCUUAAGGGAAAAUUGAUGAUGAUGACGAUGAUGAUGAAUUGAGUUGAAAAUCAAAUUGAAGAUAGUGAUUAUGUCGAGGAAAUGUAAUGAUCGUUAGGCUGAAAGAAAUGAAGUGUGCUUUGGUGUGAUAUUCAUUUAUACUGAAUAUUUGUUAAUGAUAAGUAAUAGUUUUUCACAAAAUUAUAACUUUCCUCACCAUUUUUGUUCAUUACUCACUUCCGUCUUGUCCGAUAUGUUUGCCUUCCAUUUGAGGUUUUGAAUUUUACCUACUUGCAAAAAUGACGAUCUCUCUUAUUGAAUAACUAGUGAAAUGGUACUUUAUUCAAUGUAAUUUAAAACUGAAAGAAAAUUGGUCUUAACAUUAAUUACGUAUCAGUUUUAACUCCAUUUUAUGUCUAACCAUAUCGGAGUCCAAUUACAAAUGAGACGUAAAAUACCUUUAAAAUCCGCACAAGGUAAAUAUUAGGUAGAGUAUCAAUCUUCUUCUGAAUUUGUUUGGCCAUGUAAUAUUACCUCCAUGACUGCACAUCCCACCCCUUCCCGGUCCUUUUCGAAUGAACCUACUGUUUUUAGGCCUACUUGGCGAAAGUUUUUUGAUGUACAGAAUUUUUACGCAGCGAUUAUGUUUUCCUACUAGAUUGUACGUGUUACACUGUGUUCUAUACAGAAAGGUUCUCUCCUCCCCUCCCCCCCCCCUUAUCUCCCUCUCUCUCUCUCUCUCUUCACUCAAUAUUCAAGUUCAGGGACCUGUUGCCAUGGUUGCGGAAAGAAUUGUAAUCAACCUUGAAAUUCAUUCGCAAUUUGAUUUCAGCCAAUCAAAGGCGCAUAUUAGUGCUAAUUGGGAUUCAUCUUUUUGAUUUGCAAUCUGUAACACAUCUAUUUCUGAAGCGGGACACUUGGGCUAAUGUAAUAAGAGACGCUUCCAUUAACAGACAUGCAUUUUUUUUAUAACACUGAUUUCAUGUCACUUUUUAAAGAUUUGAUUGAUGUUUGUAAUGAGAUAUCAAAUUGGAAGAGUCAACAACCACGAUGUUGAGUGAGCUUCGCUUCAUCAGUAGAAUUUAUUAUCUCGUGCACUGUAAACUAUCCACCCUUUCACACGGUAAAAAAUCGUAAUUUGAAUGCUGAUUCCAAAGAAGAAUAAGGCUAAUGACGAAUUUUUGCACGUGUGAAACCAAACCAGAAUAUGAUCACGAACGCUAAUCACAAUCACGAAUUCAAAUUCUACUCCGGAGGUGAAUUCCAGUUAAGUUUCACUCAAAUCACAGUUUUCGAGUGGUUCACCUUUCGAGUGAGCGUGUGAAGGGUCCGAUGAUUCUAAGGGCCUGAAAGACAAAUUGCAAUCACCAUUACAAUGAUGAUUCAAGUCUCACGUGUGAAAAGGCCAUUUGUCAUGUAAAAAUGGAUAUAAAAUAUUAGUACCACAAAUAUAUCAUGGCAAUCACGUAAUCAUGGUGUACAACUUCAAGAAAAAAGUACUAAAAUUUACUAUAGCUGAACAGGGGAGGCACGACUACUAUUCAUAACAUAUUUCCUUCAAAUAUAUCUCAAAUGUUUUUAAUAUGUAACUCCGUUCAUUAUCAGUGGAGCGUUGUGGCCCAGUGGAUUAGUCUUCUGACUUUGAAACAGAGGGUCGUGGGUUCGAAUCCCAGCCAUGGCGUAAUUUCCUUCAGCAAGAAAUUUAUCCACACUGUGCUGCACUCGACCCAGGUGAGGUGAAUGGGUACCCGGUAGGAAGAAAUUCAUUAAAUGCUUUGAGCGCCUAGGCAGCCCAGCUAAAGCCGGGAUAAUAAUAAUAGCAGGGCCCACUGGGAGAACAGUUUUCGGAACUGAAGUGGCUUCCCUGGGUAAAAAUACCUAUAUUAUUAUUAGAACACUCACUCUGAUGUAAUGAAUCUCAUUAUUCUAAGGUUAGAUCACGAAUUUUCCUAAAUUCAUUAAGGUAUUAUGGCCCACGCAUUAGGAAUAAUCUUACCAAAGAAAUUAAGUAGUCAACAACAAUUACAUUAUUUAAAUCUAAGUUAAAAAGAAUGUAUAUAUAAAUGAAUAUGCAAAAUAAUUAGUUUUCUUUUUUCUUGCCGAAAUCUCAUACUUUACCGCCCCCACCAUCAAUGUGCGUUUGCUGGUGUUUGUUGAUGCUGUGUGUGCAUUUUAAUUCAAUGUUAUCAUAUAUUUAAUUUAACAUAUUUGGAACUACAACUCACAGGUUUUUACAAACUUUUCUGUACGGUAGUUCCAUAUUUUCUCAAUAUUAUUUGUCCUUUCUAUACUUAUUGUAUAUGUAUCAUUUCUGUUCAUGCUGAGAAAAUAAAUAAAUUGAACUGACCUG